GUAACUUUGAGCGGGCAAACAGGCACUGGCGGAGAAAGACAAGGAGGACGGCCGAUGGAUGAGGAGGAGGCGGCGGCAAGCAACGGCGGCGGCGGCGGCGGCAGCGGGAGAAGCAAAGUUGGGGAAGCUGGGCUGUCGGGGAAAACGCCUCGACCUGCGUAAGCUGUGCUUGGGGGAGCUGUGCCUCCAUGGCUUGCCGAUGUGGUACGGUACGUCCCCCUUCGCAGUGAGGGGACAGCUUUGUGUUUGUCCUUUUCACUCAACACCUCCCCUCACGCGAGCAAAACGGUAGUCCAGCCACAUCUUUGAAGAAACACCACUUCCGCUUGGCCGUGCCAUUGGCUUCGAAGCACAAGACAUGAUUCGAUACAGACCUCGCAGCCUUUCAUCAUGAUAGCAGCUAUAGAGACCAAUGGCCUUCGACAGCUGCUGCGGCAUCGAGGACCCCCUCGCGGCACGCCCUCGAAAAUCUUGGCUGCCCGAUUACGAAGAUGCUACGGGCAUCUGCCCCCUUUUCCCAUAUCAACAGCACCCGCCAGAACCCUGAUUCCACGAAAUGGGCUGGACAUCUCAACGAGAUGCAUGUCCCAGUCGCAUAAGCUCAGCUUCGACACCUCGGCCCCUGCGAUCGAGUCGCGCUCAGAUCAAUCUGCCGACGCGCAUCUCGCGGAUUUGCUACGGGCGGUUCAAUCACAGGAUACAACUCAAAUAGCGAAGAGUGUCAAAGGUCUAGCAUGUCACCCACGGGCCAUUGAGGCGGCGGACGCGUUGAAAAGGCUGUCACCGACUACAUUUUCGGAAAUCGUGCGCUCCCUGGACCCCUCUCGCGUCGGCCCUGGCAGCAAUGCGACCCACGGCCUGCAUAUCGAGAAUGGACUUGGCCAGUACAGCUCUCUUGCCUCGGUCGCCGAUCGAUUUGGUGUUCCCAAGAUCUACAAAAGCACCUUUCAGUCAUUGCGUACGCUGUUCGGUCUACGAUCCUACCAUGGUAACGAGCCUUCUCGGCUUGACUACGUCGUUCUCUUAAGAUGCGCCGGUGCUGCAUCCGAUGUCCAGGCUGCCAAGGAAAUUUGGGAUGUGACGAAGGGGGAGGAAGAUAGCCACCACAGGAAUGGCCAGGACUAUACCGAAUACUUUAAGACUCGAUUUCUCACAGACCCAGCCUACUCCCACAACGAUAAAGCUAGGCUGCGAGUGCGACUCCGUGAUUUACAUGGCCGGAGGAAGAACAUUAAAGACACCCGGAUCUUGUGGCCCCUCGAGAGACUGAGACUUAGUCUUGUUGCCAAUAGGAGGUUCACCUACGGCCGUGCUAGUUGGGAACCCACUCACGACUUACAUCGCCUACUCAGCUUGCCCGCCCCUGUCGGACGACUGAAUGCAUUCAUCCGCAAAAAGCACAAAGUGGUGGACGAAGAGUACUACUGCGCGUACCUAGUAGCCUGCGCACGCGCUGGCUCAGUCAGGGAGAUGACUCGAAUUCUUUAUAAAGUAUGGGGCAUCCUCAUCACCGACAGAGAUCAUCGAGCAGCAACGAUCGUCAAGGCCAACAGGGCAGACAGCAACAGGCGAACACCGACGCCAACACAGCCUUUGAUCAACGCCAUUGUGCAGUCUUUCGGUUGCACUGGUCAUGUCAUUCUAGCCAGAAAACUAAUCGAGUUUAUCUCUGCAGAAUGGGGCAUCCCCAUACCGCCAGAUACCUGGUCGUCGCUCCUGGAGUGGACCUACCUGAUAUCUUCUAAACCGGUCACCCGAGAGUACAAGACUAUUGGCGACAAAAACAGGGUCGUUCGGUCUCACGACGUGUUGGCUUUAUGGGACGCCAUGACGGCCAAUCCCCACCUGGGAAAGCCCGGCUUCCGUGAACUUGAUAUUUACGCUAGGUCGCUGGUUGCUUCUGGCAAGCUGGAUGAGGCUUGGGACUCCAUCAGACAUACAUGCGCCGGGUACGACUCACUAUGCAAGGAUGUCGAGGCAGCUCUGUUUGAGACCCUUUUCCCAUCGCCACCGCCAGCUUCGAUUUCUCGUCACCAUCGGCUAAAAGCACAGCAACACAUGUCAUGGUACUCCAUCCAACGCUCGUGCCAGCAAUGGUUGCGGCAGGCCAGCGUACGCUUACGCCGCGAGCCCGCGCUGGGAUCCCAGAUUAUCCCAGACUUUGUCAACGAUUUUCGCCGUUUUCUCCCUGAUCCAAUAACGUACUCGACGUAUGGAGGGACUGUCAGGAUCCUGAAUCAAGACAUCGCCGCGCCCAAAACCAAAUGGGUGAAGCAGAUUGUUCGCUCCGAGCCAACUCGGAGACUGGCUCCCGAUCCAAGCCGGCCAAAGGUUUCUAAACCAGACGGGGCUGCGGAGGAUGCGGAAGCUGUACCCAUUGUCACCGAGGCGGGCGACCCAGUGUAUGAGAGCAUGACGAUUACCCUCAGACGAUCAACCCGAAGAAUGGUCCGCCAACGAAGGGAGGUCAGAUUUGGAGAGCAGGAGAAUCGUCUACGAUUUGAGCUUGGCAAGCCGGCAAGUAAGGGGGUUGUGAAUGAAGGAGAAGCGAUUAGCCCGGUCGAAGGUCUGAACUCGCAAAGGUUACCACAGACCGGUCCCCUGUUCCGAAAGGAGGUCUUGAAGGCCUUGGUGUGGUAGAUGGCAGAAGGCGAUACAUUUUGGCAAGAGGAAUCUGGCAGACAUGUCGAGAGGACCCUGUCUGUUAGAUGGACUCCAGUAAACAAUUCAAUGAAUAGAAAUACCAAUGUCAUGGAGA